UUUCCUUCCAUUUCUUUCUUUCUUCAACCACAAAAUUAGGGUUUCAUCAGUUUCUCACAUUUUUCUCCAAUUCCAUUCGAACCACCCCAAAAAAAAAAAAAAAAAAAAAAACUGUAAGGCGAUUUGACAUUCGAUUCCAAACGUGAAGUCGAAUUCGAAGAAAAGCCCCAAGAUACCCUCUUUCGAUUUGGGGAAAAAGAUCGAGGAUUGCUUGAAUUUGGGGAAACAGCUUGGACCUUUCUUUCUUUGAAUUUGGGGGAGGUUCAGGGCUCUCGGAGAGGGCUGCAUUUCUAAGGUUUUGCUUUUCUUUUCUCAAAGAUCAAAUAUUUACCUCCAAUUAUGGAUACCCAAUUCCCCAAAUCCCUAAUUUCGAUUUUUUCCCUAUUUCUCUUCGCCUUCUUCAUCGUCCUCUGCUCCUUCCCCGCCGUCCGAUCAGAACCAGAAUCCGUAUCCGAACCCACCAUCAUCAGAUUGCCCUCUGAAUCCGAGCCCGCGGACGCCUGCGGCCGAUCGACCCGGUCAGCCCCCUUGUGCCCCGUCAAUUGCUUCCGUCCCGACCCGGUCUGCGGCGUGGACGGCGUGACGUACUGGUGUGGGUGCCAAGAUGCCCAAUGCGCUGGUGUCAAGGUGGAGAAAUUAGGGUUUUGUGAGGUGGGUAGCGGCGGCUCCGCCCCCCACUCUGCUCAAGCUCUGCUUUUGGUUCACAUGGUUUGGCUCAUCGUCCUCGGCUUCUCCGUCAUGUUCGGCCUUUUCUGAGAGUUUUCGGAUUCCAGUCCAAUUCGAUUCAUCGCUUUAGUUGGUUGUUCGGAAGCUGUAUUGAUGGAGCUCCCAAAGAUUGCAGCUUUAGCAGAUAAUUUUAGCUAAUACAUUGUGGAAGAUAUGUCAAAUUCAUUACUUGCUGCACAUUUCUGAUUGAUUUAUUAUCGUUUUCGCCCUCGGUUUACAAAUUAUUUGGCUCGGCUUUGAGGCUAAUUGUGUUCUUUGAUUUGAGGACAAUUGGGUUGUUGGGUUUUGUUUUUGUUGAUUUUCUUCUGAGGUUCUUGUAGAUGCCAGCAUGUAUCUUACAGAUUGUUGUAUUCAUCAUUGUAUUUGUAUUUAUCUGUACAACUAUUGUGUAAACUUGAAUCAUAAUUAACUUUCUAA